CAGCAAAAAGGGAGUCUGUUUUGCGGGGAUCAAAGGAGCAAUAAUCGGAAGAAGGAUGACUGUAGAUUUUUAUUACUUGCCGCCCAGCCCGCCAUGUCGAGCCGUUAUGAUGCUGGCCAAAGCCGUGGGCGUUCAUCUCAACCUCAAGACCGUCGACUUAUUAAAGGGUGAACACAUGACACCGGAAUUUGCGAAGAUGAACCCUCAGCACGUGAUUCCUACCAUCGACGACAACGGCUUCGUUUUAUGGGAAAGCCGACCGAUCAUGGGUUACCUGGUUUCGAAAUACGCCAAAAACGACGCCCUGUAUCCUAAGGACCCGAAGAAAAAGGGCAUCGUCGACCAGAAGCUGUUCUUCGACAAUGGCACGCUUUACGAGCGCAUCAUGCGAUGCUACGGUCCAAUACUGCGUGGGAAAAGCAAGGAGAUUCAGAAGGCAGACCUGGAGGCUUUGGAAAAUGCUUUCGAAACCCUCGAUACCUUUCUUCAGGACAGUCGAUUCGCUGCUGGUCCCGACAUGACGAUCGCGGAUUUCAGUUUGGUCGCGUCUGUUUCCACGGCCGAGGGCUUCGGCUUCGACGUCGGCCGAUACGAGUAUGUAAAUACCUGGUACAAUCUUUGCAAGAGGGCCAUGCAGAAAUUCGGAUACGAGGAGGUGAACGUAGCCGGGGGGAAAAUACUCGGCGACGUGUUCAGGGCGAACCUGGAGUAGCCUGAAAUAAUCCGGAAUUAUUUAUUCGAUUUCCGGCGAGAGCGCCUUUCACGAGAGGAUCGA